AUGACGACCUCUUCCAACACCGUGACCAGCCUGGCCAACAACAUCGAGAAGACCACCAUGAUCGACUCCAGCUCAGCCAAGAAGCCGCUCCUCCUCUUCGCGGCCUCGCCCGCUGACGGCCACACGAUUCCACCUUCGAGGAUCGCGGGCGAGAUGGUCAAGCGCGGCUACGAGGUCACAUUUAUCGGCGGUGAGCAGUUCGAGAGCAUGCUCAAGGGCAUUGGCGUCGACUUCGUGCCCAUUCCGUCAAUGUUCACUCAAGAGAUGAUUGAGGAGCGCGACGCCAUCCCAGCAGGUAUCCCCCGGCUCCUGUACGACAUGAAGCACAUCUUCGUCGGCAAGACUGCCGAGCGGUGGCAGAUUCUCAAGGAGGUCCUUGAGCGACUGCGCGUCGAGAAGCCGGGCCGCGAGAUCAUCAUCCUGAAUGAGACUGCCUUCAUGGGCACGAACCCACUCGUCCUCGGCGCCCCGCUACCAAAGGGCUUCACCACCCGACCCAAAGUCAUCAGCCUACACGCUAUACCGUACAUUGCCACGAGCAUUGACGUCGGUCCUUUUGGCCCCGGCCUGCCCCCGGAUGCGACUGAGUCUGGCCGCGCACGCAACCAGCUCCUCAACCAGAUGAUGGUGGCCGGCCCCUUUGCUGAGAUCAUCGCAGAGCAGGACCAGAUCCUGAAGGACCUCGGCGCGACAAAGGUGCUCGCGCCUGAGGUGCCUUUCCAUCACUGGAUGGUCAUGCACGACACAACCCUGCAGCUCUGCCCGCCCAGCCUCGAAUAUCCGCGAUCCGACAUGCCCUCAAACAUCAAGUUCGCCGGGUGCCCAACACCCCGCCCCAUUGCGGCCGACUUCAAAUACCCCGAGUGGUGGGAGGACGUUACCCGCGGCGAUCGCAAGGUCGUGACGGUGACGCAGGGAACCGUAGCCAACGACUACUCCGACCUGCUGAUCCCCACGAUCAAGGCCCUCGCCGGCCACGACGACCUCGUUGUCGUAGCCAUUCUGGGCCACCGCGGCGUCAGCCUCCCCAAGGACAUCACCAUCCCGGCCAACACCCGCGUCAUCGACUACCUCCCGUAUGACGCCGUGCUACCCCACUCGUCCGUCUUCGUCAUGAACGCCGGCUACGGCGGAUUCUUGCACGGCAUCACCAACGGCGUGCCGAUGGUGCUGGGGGGUGAGAGCGAGGACAAGCCGGAAAUUGCGAUGCGCGGCGCGUGGAGCGGCGUGGCGGUAAACUUGCGGACGGGACGGCCGAGCCCCGCCGCCGUGCGGGCCGGUGUGGAGCGGGUCCUUGGCGACGAGAGCUUCAAGACCCGGGUUGAGGAGAUUCGGCGGGAGAAUGCGGCGAUUAGCGUCUUUGACGUGGCGGAGAGGGAAAUUCUAGCGCUUACCGAACUGGAGGGUUGA